CCUCCAGGCCUGCUCCCUGCCAGCUGCUGCCCCAGAGGUGCUCGCUGCCAGCCAGCUCAAAGUCACCUCUGCUUCUGCUUUGGGGACAGUGCCAACGAGGAACCCCUCAAAGCGGCAAGAACCAGUUUUUGUUGGGCAAUAAUUAAUCAGAUUCCUUACAUUCCUUGGCCGCUGUGGGGCCUGCUGCCCUAGGAUGAGCGACAGCAGCUCUGAGCCCUGGGAUUGGCACUUGGACAUGCAGCUUACUGGAAGGCUGGUGUUCUCUGCCGCUGCCCUGCUCCUGGGGACUCUCGUCUACAGGCUAUACAAGUACUGGCCGUCCCGGGACCCACCUAGGGCUGGGACAUCAGAAGCUGAUGCCACUGCCACCGGGGAGACCAAGGUAGCAGGCCAGGCGGAUCCUGCCAGCACCUCACCCGGAGCUCUGCUGCCAGGCCUCAGACGGCGGUGCCAGGUCAGCAGGGAGGAGGGAGCAAAAGGCAACCCAGCUUUGGGGAAUGGCCAGCCAGAAGGGGCCGGUGGGGCCUGUGACCUCAAAGCCAGAGGCAGGCUGGACCUUGGAGACAGGCAUCCUGAAGAAAACAAAGGGGCAGGCUUCAACAGACAGGAGCAACACCCUGGAAAAUCCCCAGUCUGGGACUGUCUCGGAGAGAAAGCAAUCGGGCAGGGUAAGAACUGCGACAGUGAACUUGGAAGCCCCCAGCCUGGACUUGAUCAAGAUGAUAAUGAAACAGACUGCCCCAGUGACUCAUGGCAGGAGCCUGGACUCCUCCUAGACUAUAUCAAGGGGCAGAGGAAGGAGGAGGAGAUCUCUGAUUCUGGCAGUGAGAAGGCCGCCUGUGCUGCAGGUUGGGGGGACAUGAAUAGAAGCUGGGUCUUCACCCAAGCUGCUGGGAUCAGCCAGGAUGGCUUGGGGCUCAUCAGGGCCACCUCAGACAUGGGCCUGGCCAUCAGCCAGCGUGCUGGGGAGGCAGACACCUCCUAUGUCUUCUCAUCCCUGGCUAUGGCCCAAGUAGAGGAGAACUUUCUUGGGGAGCAGACACUGGAGGAGAGGGCCGGAGGGCCGUGGGAGGCAUCUGCCAGUCCUGGCCUGAAAGGGAAAAUCUAUGACUACUAUGUGGAGUCCACCUCCCGGUCCAUCUCCAGAGACACGAUGGCCCUAGGAGCCGGCACCUCUAGAAUCCCUGGAGGGAUAACUGUGCCUCAAGGCUCACCCCUGCUUCUCAACUUUGGGAGGUUUCCAGCUCAACCUCAUAGCAGGUUCCCUGAUCCCAAUUCCUCGACUUCCCCAGGCUGCACCCAUCCUUCUGACGGAGCUAAGGAUAUAUGUGAGAGUGCCUCUUCCUCUCAGAGUCCCCCUUCACCCCCUGGGCCUGGCAUCAGCCGGAAGGAGAGUUUUCUUCAAAUCGCAGAGAACCCAGAGUUCCAGCUUCAGUUAGACAACACGGAGACCUCGCCCUCCAGUGACAUCCAGUUGGCCCUCCACUCAUCCACAGAGUCUCCGGAUCUCAACCCAGCCACGGCCAGUCUGGAACCCAAGGUAGAGUUGGUCUCUGGGACCAAUUUCUUCCAGCUCCCGCUGGUCCCUGGGGCAGCUCAAAACACCCACCUGGACCUGGGCAACUGUUACGAAGUGCUGAAACUGGCCAAGAGGGAGAAACUGGAUGUCCUGAAGGAGGCUGCCUACAAGGUAAUGAGUGACAACUACCUUCAGGUCCUUCAGAGCCCAGACAUCUAUGGGCGUCUGAGUGGGGCUGAACGGGAGCUGAUCCUCCAGAGGCGGCUGCAGGGGCGGAAGUACCUGGUGGUGGCGGAUGUCUGCCCCCAGGAGGGCACCGGCCGCCUCUGCGCCUAUAAUAAUGAGCGAGAUGCCUGGUGGCCCCUCGCCAGCCUGCCCCCAGAGGCCACAUCCCGGGGUUGCGCCGUCUGUAGCCUCUUCAAUUAUCUCUUCGUGGUGGCUGGCUGCCAGAGGGUUGGGGGGCAAGCCUCCAACCGGAUGUUCUGCUACAACCCACUGACGGGCAUCUGGAGGGAGAUGUGCCCUCUGAACCAGGCCCGGCCCCACUGCAAACUGGUGGUCUUGGAUGGGUACGUGUAUGCCAUCGGGGGUGAGUGCCUGUACACGGUGGAGCGCUACGACCCUCGGCAGGACCGCUGGACCUUCGUGGCGCCCCUGCCCAAUGACACCUUCGCCCUGGCCCACACGGCUACAGCCUGCGAUGGCGAGAUCUACGUCACGGGGGGCACCCUGCGCUACCUGCUGCUCCGCUAUUCGGGGCAGGAAGGCCGCUGGAGGGCCAGCCCCGCGGCGGGCAGCAAGGACCGAACGGCCGAGAUGGCGGCCGUCAAUGGCUUCCUCUACCGCUUUGACCUCAACCGCAGCCUGGGCAUUGGGGUCUAUCGCUGCAGCGCCCGGGCUCGCCUCUGGUAUGAGUGUGCCACUUAUCGAGUGCACUACCCAGCUGCCUUCCAGUGCGCCGUGGUGGGCAACCUCAUUCACUGUGUGGGCCGUCAGUUCCACCUCUGUUUCCUGGCCGACUACGUUUCUCCCCGCUUCCUCUCCAAUGAGCUCCAAGGUUUCCCAUCCCCACGGGGAACCCUCAUACCCACGGCCCUGGUACUGCCCGCCCUCAAUAUGGCACAGACCAGGGUAUAGAGAUCCCCUUAUUAUUUUGGAGGGAUUCCCCCCUUAGCCAUGGAGUAGUGGGGAGAAUAUGGCCUCUAGAUUCAAAAGACCCGGGUUUGAAUCUUGCCUCUGGCAUUUGCCAACUGUGUGAGCCUGGGUGAGUCCUUGCACCUUUCUGAGCUUCAGUUCUCUCAUCUGUAAAAUGGGAUGGAUAAUAAUAAUAAUCCUGGAGCUACCUACUGUCCAGAGUGGUUGUGGGGCAUGGACUUUGUAACCCUGAAAGCCCUGUAGAAUGUGAGUUUGUUUAA